AUGGAAUUUACAGAAUAUCGUGGAAGAAGUACAAUUGGAAAAAUAGUUAGAGAAGUCUGUCAAGCUAUAUGGAAAAGCCUUCUAGGUAAAGGUAUACCUAGUAUAACAAAAAAUCUACUAGAACAAAUCGCGGACGAGUUUUUUAAAAACACUAACUUCCCCAAUUGUAUUGGGGCCCUGGAUGCAGACGAAGGCUUACCUUUAACGAAUAACAUAAUGCGUCCAUAUCCAGGAAAACACUUGACUAUACAACAAAGAGUUUUUAAUUAUCGCUUGAGUCGCGCAAGAAGAUACGUUGAAUGUACUUUCGGUAUUUUAGCUAAUAAGUGGCGCAUUUUUCACCGACCAUUGAAUGUCCAAUAUAACUUUGCAACAGAUAUCAUAAAGGCAUGUGGUGUUAUUCACAAUUUUGUUAUUAGUAGAGAUGGAAUUAAACCAUCUGAAGAACUAUUGAUUCACGACGGUUUUUCAGAUUUACAUCAUUCAACAAAUUAUAUAUCCUCGACAAACCCAGUUAACAUAAGAAAUGAAUUCUGUAAAUACUUUUCUAGUGAUGUGGGAGCCCUUACUUGGCAAUUAAGUAAAAUAUAA